UCACAAAGCUCCAGAAAGCAGCGAAAGUGCCUUCAGAAUAAACAAAUCCAGAAAUGACCCUCUAUGAAUCACUUACCAACAGAAAGAAACAUCUUGAGGGUAUUUAGUUUUUGCUCAUGUACUAGCUAUGGAAAAUCUCAGCAGAGACUAAAGGACACCAAGUGAGUGAAUGCAGUGAAGGACAACAUAAGCCCAAUAUUCCUCUCUCACACAUUUUGCUAUGGAGGAAGAAUCUGCAAAGGACCUUCUCUUCAAAGACCAGGACUUCUCCUCCGAACUAUUGAGGCAGCUCAACGUUUUAAGGCAAAACGGGAUGUUGACUGAUGUUACUCUCUGCAGUAGCGAGUUUGAAAUCCCUUGCCACAGGAAUGUGCUGGCUGCAAGCAGUCCUUACUUCAAGGCAAUGUUCUGUAACAGCUUUAAAGAGAGUUGCCAGGCAAAAGUCGACUUGAAAGGCAUUGACUCCAAUAUUUUGUAUCAGAUUGUCCUUUAUGUUUACACAGGAGAGAUUCUUAUAACACCCGAGAACGUCUUGUACUUAAUGGAGGCCACUUCCAUGUUACAGUACAUUAAAUUGUUCCAGGCCUGCUCCUUGUACCUCCAGGACCAGCUGACUCCUGAGAAUUGCCUUAGCAUGAUAAGGCUUUCUGAAAUCUUGAACUGCCAGAAUCUCAAUAAGAAAGCCAAGGAGAUGGCUCUGAAAUACUUUCCUGAAGUAGCCUCUUCUGAAGACCUGAAGGAGCUUUGUGCACUAGUUGAUUACCUUGGGGAUGAUGAGCUCUGUGGUGAGGAGGAACAAGUGUUCGAGACACUCAUGGUCUGGAUCCGGCAUGAUCUCCAGGCGCGACAGGGCUAUAUCCAAGAUUUGUUCAAAAAGGUCCGGCUUCAAUACGUCCACCCAACCUUCCUUUUCCACUUCAUUGCCAAUGACUCCCUCAUUCAGUCUUCACCUGCUUGUAGAAGCAUCCUGGAAUCAGCCAGGAGACAGAUGUUUUCAUUAUACAGCACCAGCACUCCUGAUAUCAAACCCAUGUGGCAUGUUCCCCGCAGAUAUUCGUACCAAGAGUUCCUCAUAAUCAUUGGUGGCAGGAAGGACAACCAGACCACAACUAGGGACGUCCUGCUAUAUGACGAGAAGACCAACCAGUGGCUGAGCCUCGCCAAGCAUCCUAUGCGCCUUUACAAAGCCUCUGCAGUGAGCUUGCAUAGCAAUAUCUAUGUGCUAGGAGGGAUGCCUGUUAGCUGUGGGAAAAGUCCAGUCAGUGAUAAUGUUUAUAUUUUCUCCCUCAAGCUAAAUCAGUGGAGGUUAGUUGAACCCAUGCUGGUUCCACGCUAUUCUCACAGGAGCAUAGCCUAUAAGAACUACAUUUUCUCAAUUGGAGGAAUUGGAGAGAACCAGGAAAUUCUGAAUUCCAUGGAGAGGUACGACAGCAUUUAUAACGUCUGGGAGAACAUGGCAAACAUGCCCGUUGCUGUCCUUCACCCUGCUGUUGCAGCUAAAGACCAAAGAAUUUAUCUCUUUGGAGGGGAAGACAUUAUGCAAAACCCUGUCCGUCUAAUACAGGUUUACCACAUAUCCAGGAACAUGUGGUUUAGAAUGGAGACCAGAAUGGUGAAGAAUGUUUGUGCACCAGCAGUGGUGAUUGGAGACCGGAUUAUCAUUGUUGGAGGGUACACCCGGAGAAUAAUCGCCUACGAUACUCAGGCCAACAAGUUUGUUAAGUGUGCAGACAUGAAGGACAGACGGAUGCAUCACGGAGCUGCUGUGGUCAAAAACAAGCUAUAUGUUACCGGAGGGCGCUGUCUGACUGCAGACAAUACAAUCCAAGACUCUGAUUCAUUGGACUGCUAUGAUCCUGAGACUGACACAUGGACUUCGAAGGGGAAACUCCCACACAAACUCUUUGACCACGGAUGCCUUGCUCUUCAGUGCGUUCCCUAUUCCAACCUCCUGUAAAGGAAUCUUGUGUUACUCUGGCCCAAAGGGCCCAACUUGCUGGGUAUGGUGCAUAUGGAAAGUACUAGCAACUGUCCCAAUCAUCUGCCAGUGAAGCAACCAAAGGAAGCAGUCAUCUCUAGGGUGCUGUGUGCAAAAGGCCAUGAAUUCUCAGAUCUAUAUGUACAUACUGCAGCAAUAUGGGAUGUAAUUUGCUGUAAAAUCCCAGAGUACAUACUGUAUUGCCAACAGCCCCACCCUGAGCUCCCUACUCAGAUUUUACUCAAGCAAUUGGAGUAAAAACUUGGCAAGAGCCUCAGGAUUUCACAGAGUGUAACGUGUUUUGGAAGACAGAUAGAAAUGCUGAAGUCUCAGGGGAAAUAUGUCACAACAAAGUUGCUAACGUAUUUAUAACACUGCCCUCUACUUGAAAGACCCUUCUACUGUGUGUCAUAGCCUGGUUACUAACAGAAUUUCUCCUUUAGUUCACAUGGGAAUAGGAGGAUCUGAGUUCUAUCCCCCCCCCCCCAACUCACCACGAAGUUCUGAGUAGCCAUGUGAUGCUAUAUAUCCAUGGAUUUGCUACAAUACUCAUCUAGUAACAGGGAAAACCUUUCUGCCAUCAGUUAAUGCUACAACAACGGCAUUGAAAAAUGAACAGGUUAUACAGGAAGAUAGGGAAUAAAUGACUACAUUUAAUGUUCCACAUCACAAAUGAGAGAGGAACAAAACCCCAAUCCUCGACUCUGAACCCUUUCAAAUGUUGGUGAGAUGGAGAUUUGAAACCCCAGAGCUGACCACUGUCCUGGUGACUGGAGGAAAGUGGGUCAAGAUCUCUUUAAGAAUUUUCUCUUCUAUCUUCUCCUUUAAGGAACAAGAGAGGGUUGCCAAACAUCCAGGAGAUUUUAAUAGUAUAUUUUAAGAAAAUGACAUUAUGUCAUGUUGGAGGGAAAUAUCUCCUGGAAUAGCUUCAGUCAGAGUUGGCAACCCUAAAAAAGAGGAAGGAAAUGAAGAGAGGGGCACAAAGAGGCCAAAAGUUGUCUACUUGUUUCUUCUUUUUGGAGAGGAGAAGAGAAAGUUUCCAGUCCUCUCUCUAUAUCAGGGAUUACAAUGAAGUCAGACAUAGAGGUUGGCUAGGAAGCUGCUAAACCAUGGGAACUCCUGUACAGCUGGAAAAACGGCGGUAAUGCAUGCAGGACAAUGGAUCCAGAAGAGAAGAUAUCUUUGCAGGGAGCGAGAAAUAAACUGCUACUCUCUUCCCCUUGCAAAAACUAAAACAAAAACUACCAGCUGAUAGUGAAGAUGUCCUGGACUGUCAGACCAGUCUCCAUAGACUGUUGAGACAGUGAGGGGUUUUCAUGGCAGUUGGUGAUCAGCAUCUAGGGAAAGGAUGUCCGAAACUGAAUACUGUUCUCAUUGUAACAAAGCCUUUACAGGAGUGCAGACGAGUAUGAGGAACUGAUGGGCUAAUGGAAAGUAGUUGAAUCAGAAGGGGAAUUACAUUUCAAGUGUCUAGUUUUAAUGCCGCAACAGAAAAUUGUUCCCUAUAAAGCAAAUUGUGAUGUGAUUUUGCUACUUGUGUUUUUUGCCAGCUCUUUCCUUCUGGGAAUCUGAGUAAACCUACAAAAGAGGAUGGGCUUGAACACAGGCUCCACCCUUCAGCUCCUAAACUUUCCACCAAGGGGCUACCAAGUCCACAUUUUCCCCAUGGAAUUUGGCUACUCGUGAAUGCCAGUUGUGGUAUUCUUUGAGCAGGCAGAGGUUGUGGAACGUCCCAAAAUAACGCAACCCACAACUACUCAAAAAAUACCACAACUGGCAUUCACAACACAAGUAGCCCAUGUGCCCCCCUGCAAAUGCCACAUGUGGGGCGGAGGCAGACCCGGUCCUCCCUUCAUGUUCUGGAUGCUGAACUCUCUCCACACCCCAAUUGGUCCCUCCUCUUCAUCUGCAGCUGGUGGAUCCCACCUGCCCUGGCCUGGCCUGCCAGGUAAGCAGAGCUGCCAAGUGACUCUCAGCCACCCGCCUGCCCCACUGCAGGGCCUCAGAGCCUGGCCAAGAGGGGUAACAAGACCAGGCCCUGGCUCCCUGCCCUGGGAAAGGAGAGAGACCCGUAGGGAGGCUGACUGACAGGCUGGCGCUGCAUCUCAGGCCUGUGCCACUCACCCUGCCACCGUGACAGAGUGCAACACUGCCCCCAAACUUGAGCGUGAGACCACAGGUACCUUUUUCUGCACCUCUCAUAUACCCCUACCAGUUCACACACACACCCAGCCUGCAUCCCCCUAAAUACCCCUCCUAGUACACCUUCCAGCAGCUCCAGAUACCCCCUACAGUAACCCCCAUAUACCCCUCCCAGUACAGACACACCCAUCCAGCAUCCCUCAACUAUCCCUCCCAGUACACCCUCCAGCACCCCCAUAUACCUCCUCCAGCACCCCCAUAUACCCCUCCCAGUACACACACAUCAAUCCCCCACACACCCCAAAUACUCCCUCCCAGUACACACAUACACCCCUCCAGCACUCCAAAUACCCCCUCCACCACCACCCCAAUACUCCCUCCCAGUAUACAUACACCUCUCCAGCACCCCCCAGUAUUUCCUCCCAGUACACAUGCACCCCUCCAAAUACCCCUUCCAGCACUCCCCAGAUGGCCCACCAAUACACACAUGCCUCUCUAGUAACACCCCAAAUACUCCCUCCCAGUACACACACCCCUCCAGCAUCCUACAAACACCCCUCCCAGUACACACACACCCUCCAGCAACCCCAAAUGCCCCCCCGAGUACACACACACACCUACAGCGUCCCUCCCAACACUCCUUCCAGCACUCCCCAAAUACCCCCUCCCAUGAUGUGCACACCCUUCCAGCACCUACCAGCAUUGAGGGUUUGAUUUUGAAUUUGAUUGUCAUCUCAUAGCUUUGUUGCUGAUGUGGACGAACCCCUGCUGGGGCUUGUAGCUUUUUUUAAAAAUCAAAUCUGUACUAGGUAACUAAUGAAAACUUUUGUUUGUUAUUUGAUGUAUAGACUAACGUGUUAAUAAAAAAAUAACUUUCUUUCAAUAAAAUUUAUUGGGUUACUUUUGGGCUAGUUUUUAAGUGAU